UCAUAGUAUUUUUUCCACCAGAAUGUAAACAAACACUAUAAAAUUUCAAACGACGUUUCCUGCGAGGUUUCCGUGUAGUGUUGCAUAAACUUUGCAGCGGCAUUGAAUCCGUUCCAAGGUCCGCUCAGUAUUAAUACUUAAUGUGUUGUUAUGUUUCAAAAAAUUCAGUUAUACUACCUACAUUGCAUGUCGUGCACAUGACACAGUCAUGGCAAAAGUAAACUCUUUCGUGUUUUUCGAUUUGGAGACAACCGAUUUACCGGGACUCCAGACACCGAAAAUCACAGAGAUUUCAUUGAUAGCAUGUUCAAAGCAGCACAUACUGGAUACGAAGCGAGGAGACAUUCCCAGAGUUCUACACAAGCAAACCCUUUGUCUGAAUCCGCAGAGGGUGAUUCACCCGAAAGCAUCGGAAGCAACAGGACUUUACAAUGAUUUAUUGGAGAACGAGGCAAAGUUUGACAGUAAAACAGCACAACUAAUAUCUCUAUUCUUGGAACGGCUUCAAAAACCAAUGUGUCUGGUAGCGCACAAUGGAAACCGGUUUGACUUCACCAUACUGAAAAAGGAACUAGAAGCUCAUGGCGUGACCUUGCCUGAUGACGUUUAUUGUAUUGAUUCUCUAUUGCUUUUUCGACAUCUGGAAAAACUGAACGAUGAAAUAUCGCAAGAAAAUGAGAAAAAUGAACUGGUUGACCUAGAACUAACGGCCAUCUUAGCAAUGGAAGAGCUCGAGGGAGCUCAAAGUACGUUUACGGAAUUACAAAAACAAAACGAAACCACUCCACAGAAAAAUAAAUUACAAGAAAACUAUAAAAGAGCUUUACGUUCGUAUCUUGAUGUAACUCCUAGUCAGGAAACAGAAGAAACGAAAGGAUGUGCUCGUCCAAGAGCAUCUCGUUCGAAACGUCAACUAUUUCCUGAUGUCGAAGGAAACUCAAAUUCAACAUCGUCGGCUUCGUCGUCACAAUCCUCCACUCAAGUUAAACCUAAAAGGUUUCGACUUUGCGAUAUUUUUGAACGAUCCUUUGGAGAACCACCCAAGCGCUCGCAUUAUGCGGAAGACGAUGUGGAAACACUAAUGAAAUGUGCAACAGCUGAUAAUCGAAGAUUUGUGGCAUAUGCAGAAGAGCAUUGUGUGAAUUUUAAUCAGUUUUCUGGUAAAUUUUGACUGAUCCUUUAUUGUUUGUACAGCUAAGUAUUGUGUAUCAUUCCGUGUUAGCAUGCAAUUUUUAUAAAUAUAUUUUUACAUACA